UCCUCUCGCAGUGCAUGAUGGUCAGUGGACUGUUGCUAUCCGCUGUGUGUCCUGCUGUUUUCCUCCCGGUUCCUCCGGCGUUCCUGCGAUGGUGAAGAGGAGAAGCACCGGCUGCUGUGCCUCACACGACAGCUAGCCUCCCGGGAGGCGAGUCCCAAUGCCAUGGCGUCCAGCCACGGCUCCUCCCCAGUGCCUCGCGGAGGCCGAGAUGGGAUCUAUCGCAAGGAGCGCGACACGCCGCCGCCCCCCCGAUGCCGGUCCGUCCGCUCCCUGCCCGACGUCUGCCCCAAGGAGCCCACCGGCGAUGGGCGGGGCCUGUGCGACGGCCCGUCCGUGGUGGCGGAGCACGACCGGUGGACGGUGUACAGCUCGAAGGUCAACCUCCCCGCCGCGCUGAACGACCCGCGGCUCGCCAAGCGGGAGUCCGACUUCUUCACCAAAACGUGGGGGCUGGACUUCGCCGAGACGGAGGUGAUGCCCUCCUUCUACCUCCCCAACAUCACCCGGGAACACUUCGGCCCUUACCUGCAGGAGAUGACUCAGAGGGAAAGAAUCCACGAACGCUGCAAGUCGAUCUGUCCCAACAAAGACGACGUGGACGCCGCCUCCAGCAUCGCCUCCAACCACGAAAAAUCCAGAGUUGAGCUGGAACAAGUCCCGAAGAUCUUCAUGAAGCCCGAGUUUGCUCUGGAGAACCCCGCCACCUUCAACAGCGUGCUGCCCUGGUCGCACUUCAACAGCGCCGGAGGGAAGAGCAACCGAGACGUGGCCUCCUCCAAGCUGCUGCAGGAGAAGCUGAGCCACUACCUGGACGUGGUGGAGGUGAGCAUCGCCCGGCAGAUCUCGCUGCGCUCCGACGCGUUCUUCCACGCCAUGUCGUCGCAGCACGAGCUGCAGGACCGUCUGCGGGAGACGCAGCGGGCCGUGGCCGUCCUGCGGGGCCGCACCGCCGCCAUCGACCGCAUCAUGUGCCGGGGGCCCCUGCAGGCCCUCCGCACCGCCCUGACCCGCAACAACUGCGCCAAGCUGCACAACAAGCUGAAGCUGAUGGCGGCGGUGCACCAGACGCAGCCCACCGUGCAGCUGCUGCUCUCCACCUCCGAGUUCGUCGGAGCGCUGGAGCUCAUCUCCACCACCAAGGAGGUGCUGCAGCAGGAGCUGCAGGGAAUCCACAGCUUCAGACAUCUGGGCUCCCAGCUGUGCGAGCUGGAGAAGCUGAUCGACAAGAUGAUGGUGGAGGAUUUCAGCAUGUACGCCCGCAGCGACCUGAACCGCAGCCUGAGGGACGAGCCGCUCGUCCUCGAGAAGAUGAUGUGCUCAUCACAGGGUCACAAACCAAACGUUGCCUCGCAGAAGGAGCGUCUGGAGUCCCUGGUGUUCGGCCUGCUGCGGCAGAGGAAGCUGGACUUUCUGGACAUUUACAGCGAUGAGAUGAUCACGGCUGCGAAGGCCAUCGUCCCUCAGUGCGUGUCAGAGAAUGUUUUGCACAUGGAAGACAUCGACACUGAAGUCAUCACUAAGUUAACUGACCAGAUGCGUCUCAUGACGUUCCCUCAGUGGUUCGAGCUGCUGGAAAACAUCUUUGAGAGUUUCCUUCUCUUCCUGCAGAAGAUCCAAGCCACCCUGAGCGUGGUCACGAACGUGGUUCUGGAGGUUCUGGCCUCGAACCAGAGGAACCGGCUCCCGGAGGAGGGGGCCGUAUCGGGGGCUCCUGUCCCGGAGGCCCCCCGCGGCCCGUCGCUCCUGCAGGGGGAAGCCGAGCUGGCCUACCUCACCCACGAGGGCCUGUUCAUCAGCGACGCUCUGAACGAGGCCCAGCAGCAGCAGGUGGGGGUGGGGGGGUUGGAGGUCCAGGAUCAGGGCUCUGCCGCGGGCUCCAGGAUCCAGCAGAGUCUGGCGGAGCCGGCCGGCAGCGACUCGGCACAGAACUCCAUCAGCAGGGACCAGAGCUUCAUUUCCGGUGACGCCAUGAUGCCCACGGACCUGGAGCUGAACCGCGUGAUCAACAACCUCCAGGAGCUGCUGCACGCCGCCUCCGACGUCAGCCACGACCGCUGCGUCAAGGUCCUCACGGCCAGAGCCAAGGACGGCUCUCUGGAGCGCCUCGGCUCGGCGGAGUUCGUGUGCCUCUCUCAGGCCGUGGAGACGUUCGUCAGGGACACCGAGGAGCUGUGCGGCAGGCGCAGCGGCUCCCUGCGGGGGGCGCUGCAGAGCCAGGCCAACCGCUUCGUGCACCGCUUCCACGACGAGCGCAAGACCAAACUCAGCCUCCUCCUGGAUAACGAGCGCUGGAAGCAGGCCGAGGUCCCCGCUGAGUUUCAGGAUCUGGUGAACUCCAUCGCGGAUGGAAGAAUAACAUUACCGGAGCGCAAAAUCCCAGGUCCGGAGGACAGGAAGCCCGCCGAGUUUCUGCUCGUCAACGGGCAGAAAUACGCCGUCGUCGGGACGGUCCUGCUGCUGAUCCGGAUCUUUCUGGAAUACUGUCAGUGCGUCAACGACAUCCCGUCCAUCGCCACCGACAUGCUGACGCGUCUGUCGGACCUCCUCAAGCACUUCAACUCUCGGACUUGCCAGCUGGUUCUGGGAGCCGGAGCUCUGCAGGUCGUCGGCCUGAAGACCAUCACCACCAAAAACCUUGCCUUAGCGUCCCGCUGCCUGCAGCUGGUGGUUAACUACAUUCCCGUCAUCAGAGCUCAUUUCGAGACCAAACUGCAGCCCAAACAGUUCAGCGUCCUCAGACACUUUGACCACAUCACCAAGGACUACAACGACCACGUAGCGGAGAUAUCCGCUAAGCUGGUGGCCAUCAUGGACAGUCUGUUUGAGAAGGUGUUAUCAAAGUAUGAAGUGAAGGCCCCGAUGCCCUCGGCCUGCUUCAGAAACGUCUGUAAACAGAUGGCGAAGAUGCACGAAGCCAUUUCUGAACUUCUACCUGAAGAACAGAUGCAGAUGUUGUUUCUGAGGAUUAACGCCAGUUUGAAGAUGCACCUGAAGAGGCAGCUGGCUCGACUCGGAGUCGUUAAUGACGGAGGACCUCAACACGGGCUGGUCGUGGUGGACGUGGCGUUCUACACGGAGAACGUCCAGGCGCUGAAGAACCUCGACCGGCUCGACCUCAACAUGGUGGAGAUCUGGGAGCAGAAGAGGUGAUGGAGGACGGCGACGGGGGACGUCCAGGACCCGACUCGAAGAGACCCGGAGACGGGAGGCCGGCAGACCUCUUGGAGGGGGGUGACGCGGGGGGGGGCAGGAGGCCCGGAGGGACCAACAAUACAAAAGUGGGAGGAGCUAAGCGGCGCCGCCGGCUUCCUGAACAUCUCCGAACACACGACGCCUCCUUCAAGAAAGAAAUGGCCGCCUCCUCUCACUGUGUGCAAUUCAACAGAGAUACUAAAUUAUUAGAGGCCGUUUAAAUGGGAGUUAAGGGUGUAGAUAAUGGUGAAGUAUUGGUGGGGUAAUUUAUUUUUCUGACUCCUUGGAGACGUUCUCUUCUCUGGCGAACUGGUUUUUUUGGGGGUUUUUUUUUCAGAUGUUGGAGCUGAAGGGAUUUUCUUUCUUUUUUGUCAUCAGACAAACACUAAAGCCGAGGAUUCAGGGUUCAGAUAACGGCAUUUUAAUUUAAUUUAAUUUAAUUUUUUCCUUUCUUCCGGCAUCUUAAAGAACCGACACGGUUCCCUUUUGCGGUGUUAUUUUUAUUUUUUUCUAGACCUCAUUCACCAGCUGGUUUUUUUGGGUUUUUUUUAUUCGUGGUGACUGCGGUUCAGAGGAUUCCUAAACUUUUAUACUAAAAAGACCAGAAGACUUUCCAGACUUGACCUGGAAAAUCAAGACGGUCCUGGAACCUGGAAGAACACGAACAAGAACUAUUAAACAAAAAACAAAAAAAAAUAAAAAAGUGUGAUUUUUUUUGAAGAGUUGAUUUCCUGAAAACUAUUAAACAUCCAGACUGUGAACGCAUCACAACUCUCAGCCCGUCGUUACCAAAGUAAAAGACUUUCCAAUUUGGGAAAUGAACUCUUCAGUUUACACUUUUUUUUCUUUUUGUUUCCUUCAAACUGUCAAAUUAUGCAUAAAGUUUUCUUCUGCUGAUGAUCCAGAGACACAUUUUUACACGAUGCAGAACAUGAAGCAUGGAAAUCAGCUGUUCUCACUCCUACUGUAGUUUUAUUUAAUCUGCAUGAAGAACGAGAGCUUUUUCGUUUCCUCUGAAGCUGAAACGACUCGAAGCGGAACAGAAAAUCUGUUUGUUUUGUCUUUUUAAUGAAGAAAACAAAAACAAAAAAAAACACCCAGAAUUUAAACAUGCACAAAACGUUUUUUUUUCCAGAAACAAUCUCGUGGUCGAGUUUCAAAAUCCUUGAAAUCGACGCCGCUUUCUCGCGGUGCGUUCAGGUGCGGUCUCUUUCGUCGUACAUUCUGCCUGCACGCCGUCUCCGAGUCAGCGUUCAACAAUCUGUCUUAAUUCCUGUUAAAACGAUGUUCUGAUAUUUCUUUCACUUUUUUCAAUUAAUCAAAAACGGUGUUUACAGGAAGUACCCGGUUCGGCCACUCGGGGGCGCCGCAAUUCAGUUUUUUUUCCCUGCAAACUCGAUUUUCUGUUCCCCCGAGUGAAGUUCAAGUCCAACAAACAUACAAACAAAACACACACACACACCUGUCCAGCUGCGGUCGCAUCCCCUCACGUCUCCACGGCAACACUACGGGCCAAUCAGCUUCAGUACUUUAAUACGGCAGGUUUAUUAACGGAGAAAUAUGCUCUUUGUACGUUCCUGUUUUAUCAUGAGAAAUCUACUUUGUUACCCUGGAAUAAUGUGACGCAACAACCACAGCUGUUUGGGAACAAAGCUGACGAAAACAUAUAUAUUUAUAGAUAUAUAAAUAUAUCUAUAUAUAUCUAUAAAUAUGUAUAAUCUGAGUGUGAUGCGACGGCAGCUGUCAGUUUCUCGAGAACAAAAAGCAUCAACUCAUCGCUGUCUGCUUCAGAAGUGCCUCCUUUUGAUUGACUGUCAGAGACGACACAUCUGAGCUCUCCACUACAGUGUGCCUACCAUACCACUGUGUGUGUGUGUGUGUGUGUGAGAGAGUGUGUGUGUGAAAGAGUGUGUGUGUGUGAAUGAGUCGGGCUGCAUGUAUGAGAAUCCAAAAUGUAUUGAAUUCCUUCAAACCUGAUGUGAAUAAAACACGACGGAGCGACUCGUCGUCCUUCAG